GAAAAUAAACAACUACCCGUCUCUCUCUCUCUCUCUCUCUCUCUCUCUCUCCUUCUCUUCUCAUCCCCCAACUCUCUCGUCUCUUCGUUGAUCGGCGGAGCUAAUCAUCGGAAUUAUAAUUAAGAGAAUUAAUAAUUCGUAGGAUUUGUACCGAUUGACCACGAUGAGCGAGGUUUUCCAAGGAUACGAGCGCCAAUACUGCGAGAUCUCCGCUUCUCUAUCGAGAAAGUGUACAUCGGCUGCUCAUCUCGAUGGUGAGCAAAAGAAGCAGAAGAUUACUGAGAUUAAAUCGGGAGUCGAAGAUGCUGAAGGAUUGAUUAGGAAGAUGGAUCUUGAAGCUCGAAGUCUGCAGCCAAGUGUGAAGGCUGGAUUGCUUGCAAAGCUAAGGGAGUACAAGUCAGAUCUGAACAACUUGAAAGCUGAGGUUAAGAGAAUUACAUCGGCUAAUUUGAAUAAAGCUACACGAGAGGAGCUACUGGAGUCUGGGAUGGCAGACACGCUAGCGUUCAACGUGCAGGUUUCUGCAGAUCAAAAGGGAAGACUUAUAAUGUCAACUGACAGAUUGAACCAGUCUAGUGAAAGAAUUAAGGAAAGUAGAAGAACCAUGCUGGAGACAGAAGAGUUGGGUGUUUCAAUUCUUCAGGAUUUGCAUCAACAACGUCAGUCACUCUUGCAUGCUCAUAACACACUGCAUGGGGUUGAUGAUAACAUUGGCAAGAGCAGAAAGAUCCUGACAGCCAUGUCCAAAAGACUGGACAGGAACAAAUGGAUCAUAGGUUCAGUCAUCAUCGCCCUCGUGCUGGCAAUUCUUUUAAUACUGUAUUUCAAGCUUACCCAUUAACACGAAAAAAAAAACCCUUGGGUGAUCGUAUGAAUUCCUAAGAGUGCUGCACCUUUCUUGUUUGACAUGUGUGCAUCUUGAUUGUUAUUAUGGGAGAAACAAGUUCAGGAACACUUUGUGGCGUGUUAUGUAUUCAGUGUAAGCUGAACCACCUUUGUCGAAUUUCUGAAUUUCUGCUAUUAUAUUUUGGCAUAUGGAAGUGUUUAUUAGUUGCA